CUGUGAUUGAUGGGCCUGUGGCUCUAAAACUCCGUACGCUGUUGAUCGUUUGGAUUUUGUAAUAUGGAUAACGGUUCAAACUUCAAACCCAUCCGAAACAAGAGGUGCACUUUUCGUCUUGAAAUGGCAAGUAACAUGCGCAUUAUGGCGGCAAAAACACUGAUUCUAAGAAGUAGUUUUGAGUUCAAGAAAUCUUUGCAACCUCUUUCAAUUCCAUGGACUGCGUUAUCUUCCCUCGUUUAUUCGUCACCUCAAGCUCUCAUCGCCAUUUCCCAACUCAGAGUAUAGGAAUUAGAUUCGGAUUGUACAAGCAGAGGUGCUUUGAUUCUACAUCUUGGGCUCUUGGGGUGUCUCGGAUUGGGGCUGGCAAUGUGUUCGACGAAAGUUUUCUGAAGGAAAAUGGUAAUGGGUCUCUGUCCGGUGCCUUCGAUCAUGAUUCAGCUCCCCUGUUAAAGUCUCUCAAUGGAAAUGAUAAUGGGUCUUUGUUGGGUGGUUUCGAUGAGUCGGUUUCAGCAAGAUUUCGAGCAGUCGAUGCUGAAAUUACACCUGAAACCAUUGAUUUUUUUGUUAGCGACGCUGAGGGGGAUCCUGACUGUCCUUCUGAAGGGUUCUCUUCAAUCGAGCAAGCGCUUAAUGCAUUACUGCUAGGAAAGUUUGUGAUAGUUGUAGAUGAUGAAAAUGGAGACACAGAAGGAAACCUUGUCAUGGCAGCAUCCUUUGCCAGUCCUCAGGCGAUGGCUUUUUUGGUCAAGCAUGGUUCUGGGAUUGUUUCUGUGGGAAUGAAAGAGGAGGAUCUUGAAAGGCUGAAUCUCCCUCUAAUGUCACCGGAGAAUGAAGAUGAAGACUCUUCUGCCCCCUCUUUCACCAUCACUGUGGAUGCAAAAGCUUGCACAUCUACUGGUGUAUCAGCUGCGGACAGGGCAAAGACUGUCCUUGCUCUGUCUUCUCCUUGGUCUAAGCCAGAAGAUUUUAGAAGGCCAGGCCAUGUUUUUCCUCUCAAGUAUCGAAAUGGUGGGGUACUAAGGAGAGCUGGUCAUACCGAGGCUUCCGUAGAUUUGGUCGCGCUGGCUGGCUUGCAUCCAGUUUCUGUUCUUUCAGCUGUUGUUGAUGCAGAUGAUGGUUCUAUGGCUUCUUUGCCCGAUUUAAGAAAGUUGUCCUUGGAGCACGGCAUUCUAGUUAUUUCAAUCACCGACUUGAUAAGGUAUAGGAGAAAGAGGGAAAAAUUAGUUGAAAGAAGUGUAGUAUCACGCCUGCCAACCAAAUGGUGUCUUUUCCAAGCUUAUUGCUACCGAUCAAAGUUAGAUGGAACUGAACAUUUUGCCAUUGUAAAGGGCAGCAUUGGAAAUGGACAAGAUGUUCUAGUAAGGGUCCAUUCUGAGUGUCUAACUGGGGAUGUAUUUGGUUCUGCUCGGUGUGACUGUGGCAACCAGUUGGAUUUGGCAAUGCUGUUAAUUGAACAAGCUGGAAGAGGAGUUGUUGUUUACCUCAGAGGUCAUGAAGGAAGAGGGAUUGGCCUGGGUCACAAACUUCGGGCAUAUAAUUUGCAGGAUCAAGGUCAUGACACUGUUGAAGCCAACAUCGAACUUGGACUAGCUGUUGAUGCACGUGAGUAUGGGAUUGCUGCUCAGAUUCUGAGAGACAUCGGAGUUCGAACUAUGCACCUGAUGACUAACAAUCCAGCCAAGCUCACUGGUCUGAAAGGCUAUGGCUUAGCUGUUGUUGGACGAGUUCCUGUAUUGGCACCCAUUACAGAUGAAAACAAGAGAUACUUGGAAACAAAACGUACCAAGAUGGGUCAUGUGUAUGGGUCUGAUAUACGAGGACCGUUAGAUGGAUUUAUCAACCCAAAUACAAAAAAUAUACAUUCACAAGAGGAAGAGCAAUAGAAUGAAUGAUGCACCUGGCUGCUGUAUAUUUUUUCAAGGUUUUUUUCUAUUUCAGAAUGUCCAAGAAUCAGGCAGUGUUUUAACAUUUGUGCAAUGAUCCUUAAGGCAACAGAAGCCAUUGUGAUUUGAAUGACACACAAUUACACAUCA